AUGAAAGACUAGUUUAAAAUGCUAAACUGGUCUAUUUGGUUCAAAAUUUACUAUUUUUCUUACAAAUCUCAGGUGAUUUUAUAGAGAAUUUCGAUGCUAGGCCAGAGAGACAUAGUCAUUCAUAGAUCCAAACACUGAUUGAUUCUUAAGGAUACUGAAGAAGAAAAGAAGAGGAAGCUAGAGAAAGAGCAGAAAUAAGCAGCAGAGAAUCAAUAGUCUGAACUCGCAAUUGUAUAAAGCAGGCCAACCACUCCAACAAUUUGAGAAUAUUGUGCCUGUUAUAGAAGGAGUUAAAUAAAAUAUUCCCAACGAUUGAUGGAAAGAUUAAUACUGACACAAUAAGAAAUAUAAAACAGUUGAAAACGAAUAGAAAGGCUUUCAUUGAUGGACCUCCCCCAAGAAGAGUCAUGAAUAUUCUGAGACAGACCAAACCAGUCUUUGAUGAAUAUAAAAAUACUAACAACGACCAAUACAAGGAGCUGAGGAAAACAAGCAACUUCAUGCCUGAUUUAUCAGCUAUGAUAGGCGAGAAAAAGGCAGAGGAAGAAGUGAAAGAGACUAGUGGGGAGAGAGUUAAUAUUCAAAGGCUUAAUACACCUACUUUAAGAAUGGCACUUGCUUAUGACUCAUCUCAAGCAUUGAAGGAUGAAAUAAAUGAGAGUUAUAUGAGAGUUAAGGCUGCUAAGCAUGGAGUAAGGUUAACGGAUAUUGUUCCUGAGCAUGACAUAAAUUUUUAUUUGCCUAAUAAGUUAAACUAUGUCAAACCAAAGGAGUAUCAAAAGGUGAAACAGAGAGAGCAAAUUUCAUCAAAACACUCAUCUCGCCAUGAAAAUUCUAACACUUUCCUUACAUCUCUAAACCGUUCACAAGUUCCACAAAGACCAAAGAAAUUGGGUAUAAAGUCAGUUCAAUGAGAGCCUGGGAGUCAGUUCAUCAAGCCAGGCCAUGCACCACAAAGAUCUGCACAAUUCCCCAAAUUUGGCAAUCCUGAGACCUCGAAGAACUCCCUCAACAAGUUCAGAAACACUCUUCUUGGCAACACUGGACGCACCCUCUCACAAAGAAACAACAACUCUGCUGUCAACUCUCCAGCCGGCCACAAACUCAACACCAGUCCCCAGGCUGCACGGAGGCUGAACGGAGUCAGCUACAGAUUCUCCAAAGACAAGGCCACUUCAAUGAUCGACCAGAGACGCAAAAUCAGGCUUGUCUCUCUCAUCGACUCGAAGCCGAUCAACCACUACAUCACGCUUCUGAGUCUGAAAGAGUACUCCAAGCGAGAGCAAGACAUGGGCAGCCUUGCCGGGUCCAUCCAGGCUUCGGUCGGUCUCAAAGAAAAGGAGAGUCAGAAGAAGCGAGACAUCACCAAGAUCCUCCGAGAGGACCUCAACCAACAAUACGAAGAGAAGAUCGGCCGCAGGUAUGCCAGCAUGAUCGAGAGUCGCAGAGCCGCCGCCAAUGCAGCAGGGCCUGACCACCUGGAGAUCCGCAAGAACGACCUGGAUGAUGAGUCUGUGUCUGAGAACAAGUCUGAGCAGUCUAACAGCGGACGGAAAGUGAGGAAGAUGAGCAAGAUGAGCGUGGGGGCGGAGAACGAGCGGGAGAGGCUAUCAGGCAAGAACAAGAACUACGAGUGGAAUGAGAAGACAAAGCAUUUACUCAAUCCUGACUUUGCAAAGAUAGUAGAAGACAAAGUUAAGCGACAAAUCGUUGAGCUAUACGAAUACCACAAUAACAGAAUGCAAGACCAACAAGAACAAGAUACUGGGAUAGACAACAAAAUAGAAAGUGAAGAGCAAGCUAAGAGAAUCGCUCAAUUAAAAAGAGAUCAAGAGCUUGCUGAAUUUGAAGAGAAAGGUGGUCUUUCAAGAAUUUUGACUAACUUAUUUAAUCCUAAAGACGAAAGUAUUGAGCUGGAUUCUGUCUAUCAACUUAAGCAGAUUUGUAAGUCCUAUUAUGAGACUAAAAACAAGAUAUCUAAAGAUUUAUUGGAAACUUUGGAUGCCUUACUUAAUGAAAGACCUCAUUCUAUUGCAAUGAAGAAGAAAGGGCUCUAUCGUGAGACAGAUGAGAACCAGGGAGAGGACGUUAUUCUUGGAAAGAUGCACAAGAAUUAUUACCUUGACAUAGAAUGAAUGAGACUGAAUGCUGAGAAAGAGAGAAUCAGCCAUUACAAAGACAUCGCUUGUCAGAGUGCUAUAAAGUAUUACAAGGUACUAAAAGAUAUCAUCAAGGAGAGUUUAAUACACGCGGUGGGACCAAAAUCCUCUCCUGAUAAAAAGGCUACAGGAGUUCCCACAACUAAAGAGUUGAAAUCUGGUCAGCCUAACUUCUAUCAACAAAAGGAGACCAAAGUGAAUUGAAUCUACUACAUCACAGAUUACCUAAAGUCUGUUAUAGAGAAUGGUAAAAAUUUUGAGACAAAUCAUAUCUACUGAAUACUUGACUCUCUGAUCGUCGAAGAGCUUAGCAAUGAGGUAAUCAAAGUCAUCAAAAUAAUUAUCAGAGAAUUCGAACUCAAUAAGAAAGAAAUCCGUAAGUGGAUUGAGACCUGUAACCCCGUCAAGAAGAAACGAACAAAGCUGUUGAAUAUUUUGUAG